CCGUCUCCUGCCUCUGGGGGCGGGGCAUAUGUGGUAGCUCCAACCCAACUGGACUCCCGAGGCGCCCCCCUCCCUCCCUCCCGGUUCUCUGAAGGCCGCGUCCCUACGGGGGCGGGGCGGUACUUUAGACCGAUAACGGAGCCUGGGGGAGGGUCGGUCUCCUGCGUUCUCUUCCCCUAUUAGAGCAUCCCUCUGCCCGGGACCUGGAUGGGUCCUGGGUGGUGCGGCUUUCCCAGGGGUGCCAGGGGCCUUCGAGCUCCUUGUUUUCCCUCCUUUGCUCAAAGCGGGGGCCCAGCGCCUCCAUGUCCUGGGCGUAACAAAGGGCCCGAGAUCCUCAGAGACCCCCCAGCCAUGGCUCCGGGUGGGCCGCAGCCUCUCUCCCAGUUUCUGCGAAGGGAGAGCCUUUGGGGGUGGCCGUGCUCCAGCAUCUGAUGGAGAGACAGGAGUCCCCAACCCCCCUUGCCCAGGGCGGCACUACAGCCCCCCCCCAGGUGCAUCCUCUGUGGAACCCCCCCAUAGGCAGGCCUUCCCCACCCAUCCUUCCCUUCCCAAAUCCAGCCUCCUCCCAAGUAUCCAAGUGGCUCCUCCCCGGGCUGCUCUUAGCCAGGAUCCCGAGAGGACCCUCUGUUUGCUCUUCAAGGGCCUUCCUAACUUCUGUGCCCGCCCCAUCCAAGCCCCCUGCCCUUCUCCCCUAGCACCCGGAACCACCCAGGCACAUUAGGCCUUGCCUCUGAGGUAGGAGGAGAGAAGGCCAUUCCACGAUGCCAGUGCCCAGGCUGGGCUGCGACUCCCUGGGGAAGAGAAGAUCCUUGGGAGUUCUCUGGGCAUCCUUUUGUACAAGUCCUGUCUUUUCUUCACCAGUGCUUAGAAGUCUUCUCUUUUGUUCAAUGACCACACUUCUCCCUACACCAAUAGUCAGUUUUGCUGGAAGUCGAUUCUUGGUGGUAGACCCAGCUCCCUUGCUUUCUGGAAUAUCCUAUUCCAUGAAUAUCCUAUUUCAUGCCUUCCGGCCCUUCAGUGUGAAUGCAGCCAGGUCCUGUGUUAUCCUAACUGGUUCCAUGGUAUCUGAAUGGUUUCUUCUUAGCAUUUUGUAGUAUCUCUUCCUUGUGCUGGUAGUUCUUGAAUUUGGGUAUAACAUUCCUGGGUUGUGUGAAUCUGAAAAACUGCUCAGACUCUACCUUAGAACAUUUGGUUAAGGCUAUUCCCUUAUUGUAACAAAUGAAGGUACUUGAUCAGGAAUGUCUUGGGAGACAGUGCCUUAGGGGAAGAUAAAGUUGUAAACUCCUGAUGGAACAAUGAAAAGUCCCCAACUCAUACUUAUAGUAAAGCUAGAACCUUAAGCUAGGUGGUCUAUUUUUAGAUCUAAUACAAAAGGGUGCUAAGUACCUAUAAAGGUUAAAUUAAUCACUAAAAGGUCAAGCAACUUCCAAAAGGUGAGCUUAGCAAAAGAGGUGUGAAGUUUUAGUCUACCCAGAGAAGGUGAGAACUAAAGAAUGGUGUGAACUAAGAAUGGGCAAUCCUAGGGAAAAGCGUCUACUAUGAUUGGUAGAUGUGAAAAUUUAGGGGAGGUGACACAAGACUUUAAAAGGAAGGGGAGUUUGAAAUUGAGAGUAGUUCAGCUUUGGAGGCUGAAUUGGAGGUCAGGAAUCAGAGGAGGCUCUCUGAACUUAGUUGGAGUUUAGAGUUAGUUGGAGGAGCUGGGUCUCUCAACUCAGUUCAGGAGUUGAGGAUUUCAGUGAAGGACUGGAGUUUUGCUUGGGACAAAUCUUGUGGUAAGUGAUAAAAGACUGACUAGUCUCUCUUAAGGCUCAGGUCUGGGCCCUUCAUACUAUUUCCUCUUACACACUCUCUCUCUCUCCCUUCCUUUCAUUUGUAUUAAUUAAAAUCUCCAUAAAACCCAGCUAACUUGGGUAUUUUCAUAUUUGGGAAUUUUUCCCAUGGCGACCACUUAUGUUUUGAUUAAAAUCAAGACACUAAAAUUAUCUUUACAGUUUUGGCAAAUUCACAGUCUUGAAACCCACAUUUUUCGCAGUUACAGUUGUCCAUUGGGGAUUAAAUGCAGAGGGUGAUCUGUGGAUUCUUUCAAUCUCUACUUUGCCCUCUUGUUCAAGAAUGUCAGGGCAGUUUUCUUGGGUAAUUUCCUGUAGAAUGGUGUCCAGUAUUUUUCUUUUGCCAUGGUUUUCUGGUAGUCCAAUAAUUCUUAAAUUGUCUCUUCUGAAUCUAUUUUCCAUGUCUUUAGUUUUAUCAGUGAGGUGUUUCAUAUUUUCCGCAUUUUUUUCAUCUUUUGAUUUUGUUCAAUAGACUCUUGCUUCCUUGUGAAGUCAAUUUGUAGCAGUCCAGCCCAUAGGUAUUAUGAAGAGACAAGUAUUGUGAAUGAGCACAUGGCCAUUCUGCGCAUGGCAAUGAACUCUCGUGGCUGAAGUUAGGGCGAGAAACCUGGCUUCCCUUUGUCUCACUCACCUGAGGAUAAAAACUCCACCUUCAACUUGUCGUAAUUUGCAAUUACCCAAUGGCAAUACACUAUGUAACUCAUCUAUAUGUAUUGAGGCAUCAUGUAACUUAUCAAUAUGUAUUGAGUUCAUUUGCGUAUCAAAAAGACAAUAAAUUGGGAAGCGUGGUCAGCUCCUCCUUCUUCUUGGACGAGAGCUUACAGGUUUGCUGCUCUGUAUUUCUACCUUUCUCUAUCCUCUCUAUCUUUACCUGAGGCCUGGCCUUUGGCCAGGUGUCUCUCUCUUUUCCAAUGCUAAUACCUAGCAUUCUCUAAUACCUUCAGUCUCUAUUCAUUCUCCCAGCUGAGCUAUAUCAUCCUCUGACCAGUGCAGUGUUAAAUGGGGAUCUCUGGGCGGAAUACAGCCUUUCAGUGACGUCCAUUGAUCGGAGCAUGGCUGCGGCUCCAAAAUAUUAAUAAUAAUUGAUUACUGACUCAUUAUUAACAUCUCAAAGGUUAGCUCCUUCACGCCCUUCGUGGAAUCCAAAACUUCUAUCCUAUUUCUAUUUUCCUAACAUAAAGCUUCUCACAGGUGAGAAGUUGUUGGAUUCUAAUUUUUAAAGUUUAGAAAACUAAAUUUCAUCCCUGGUUUUUUGGUCAUCCAUUUCCUUCUGGUCUGUUUUUCUUUGUCGGUAAUCAUUCACUUUCUUUGCCUUGUUUUCAGGCUGGUCAAUUCUGGCUUUCAAGACACUAUUUUCUUGUUUUAGUUCAUGUGCCUCUGUUUCCAGAUGACUUAUUUUGCUUUUUAAAUUCUUUUCCCAAUUGUCUUCAGCCUCUCUUUUUGAAAAAUUUUAUUUAAUUAGAAGAUUUAGAAUAUUUUUCCAUGGUUACAAGACUCAUGUUUUUUCCCUCCCCUUCUCCCCCACCCCCUUCCUGUAUCUGAUGCAUAAUUCCACUGGGUUUAACAUGUGUCACUGAUCAAGACCUAUUAAUGAGCCUUUCUUAAUUGUUUUUUGAACUGUGUUUUGAGUUCUUCCAAAGCCUGUGUCCAUUUCACUAAAGUUUCUGCAUUUUUGCUUGGUGUUCCUUGGUCUCCCUCUGUUCCAUUUGCUCUUUGUUCAUUAUCUGGAUAGAAGCUGUUGACUGUAAUUUCUUUUUUCUUUUUCUGUUGUUUACAUAUUUUUUCCAUCUUUUCCCCUGUCAUUGUCUGUAAUCUUGCUCCUCUGUUUAUUUGCUGGAUCUGUGGGUUUGGACCAUUCUGUCCUGAAGGGGCUUCUUUGUUCUGCUGACUGCUGACUGACUAGAUUAGACUGUUGGAGUAUUAAUGAGCCCUGAAGUCAGAUCUUCCCCAGCUUGCAGCAGAAGCUGAAGGUGUGAAGCAGAAGGGAGCUGUGUUUCCUGCUCUGUUAUCAAGGUAUUUGUCCCCAUUUCAGCCUUUGCCCUGGGAUCUUAGUCAGCUGGAUUCUUACCACAGCUGUCAGUAUAGUCAGUGGGUAAGGGGUAUUGGAGAUUGAGCUUCCUUGCCCUCUGAAGAUUUAUCUGCCCAUUUGAUAGACUAGAAUAAGCUGGAGUAGAGAUGAUCUGUGGAGCUUGAUGUACCCUGAGGCCAAAACCUUGAGAAGUAGAGGCCCAAGAUGGAGAGUAGUGGCUGUGACUAGACUGCCCUUUCCUUGGAGCCUCUCCUCCAACUGCCUCUCUGCCAGCUCAGGUCAGAGUCCUGAGCCUGGUCCAACUGUAGCAGCAUGGCACUCCCUUUGAGCUGAAGCCCUUGCCCUGAGAUUCCUGUGACCCCCAGUGACUUAGCACAGUAGGUAGGGGAGGGGUCCUGGGACCUUCCUUCUUCCUUUUCCUUAAACCUGAGAAUUCAGACUUCUUGGCAUACCUUUUAAGUUGAAUUGAGCAGGAGGGUCCCCCGGCUCUGUCCUGUUGUUAGAUUUGGUUUUCUGUUCCCUUGAAGCACUUUGUUUUUGAUUGGUUUGGAAGGACAGAGGACUCAGCUUUUGCUGCUUCUAAGCAGCCAUCUUGACUCCUCCCCCCAUGGUCUGUUUUUGAGAGAACCAUGUGGGCACCAACAAAGGUGGAAGCCAAGAUGGUGGACAUGCCCCAAACUCACAAGACUUGCUACAAGAAAUCCAUGCAACAGCCUCUGUAAUAUUAUAGGGAAAUGUUGUUGAUUGAAGAACAGGGGAUACUGAAGGUUUUGUAACAGGGAAUGGAGGGGUUGCAGGGGCAGAGGGAAUAUGGCUGCCAGUGAGGUAAAAGGAGAGAGAUGCCCCGUGCCCAAGAGGCUGUCUUUGAAAAUUAGGGUUCCCAGAAAUGGGCCAACUGUGAUAGCCUGAGGGGACACCUUCUCUAUGGAUUGAUAUGAAAGAUACCCCAGAGCAGGUAAGCAUGGACCCUCCUGAGGGACAAGCCUCCCCCAGACCAAGGUCACCCAGCAGGGGUCCAAUAAGGACCAUUUAUGGUUGAAUGGCUGUCCUGAGGUUCAGCUCCCUCUAUGUCCCCUGAAAUGACACUCCUCUUAUCUGACUGCGGUUAUUUAAAUAAAGACGAAUUUAAUAACAAGUUUGGAUUGGAAAGAUGGAAUCAGGAUUUCCCUAGAUUGGGUUUGAGUCUCUCUCAGCUUUUGAGCUGAGGCCAGUCCUCACAGGCUGGUGAAGGGUUUCUUUUCUUCCUGUGUAUGCUAAUCUGUGCUAGUUUUCUUAAAUUCACAGUCUUAGCAGUAGACAGCAAGAGGAAGAAAAGUUCUGACCUUCAUAGCUGGUUGGGCCUGUCUUGUCAGGCUGACACCCCUAAAGACCGGCCUUAUAGUUCAAACCGCUCCUCUUAAAUCCUUUUGUUCGAUGACAUGAUCAUAGGAAUCCAGGUAGAGCAUACAGUUGGGAAAAAUCAGGAAUAGAGACUCUUGUCCCAAUACAGAGAGAGAGACUCCUUCCAGGGCCAGGAAGAGAGACUCAGGAGACCAACUGCCACUCCCAGUUGCCCCUCCCCCACCAGCUGUCAUUCUUGUCAAUAUCUUCUCUAUAACAUUCCAACUGCCGUUGGUUCCACCUGAGUGGCAGAAAGUCCAAAAAUUACUUCAGUUUUCCUUUCUACACUUCCCAAAACCACACCAGAAAGACAACGGCUCCCUGGACAUUUGGUCAGGAAGUGAGCAUUUAUAAAUUGAUUACUAUGUAUCAGUCAACCCAUAAGAAUUGAUUAAAUGUUUAACAAAUCCAUACUACAGAUAUAGGAGAAAGGCAAAAACUCAGUCACUCUCCUCAAGGAGCUCCUGUUCUAAUGGGUGAAACAAUCUUUAUUCGUACAAGAGCUCUAGAAUAUAACUGGAAGAUAAUCCCAGAGGGAAGGCACUAGGAAAGGUCUUCUGCAGAAGGCUUAGUUUGAUGGAAGUUAGAGAUGGGGGGAAGGAGAGCAUCCUAGGAUAAUACAUGGAGCAUAAUGUGGGGGGCAUCAUGAGUUGGACCAUCAUCUGAGUAGAGGGGAGUCAAGGAGACAAAGGAAGGGGCCAAAAGCCAAGAAGCUAUGUGGUCAAAGCCAAGCUUCUAAAAAAAGACCAAGUCCCCAAAGACAAUUAUACUGAGGCGUAAACUUGUUUCGCAUGGUUACAGACAUGAGGAUCUGAACCCUUGGAGCAUUCUGAAUUGAGAGAAGAGAGAAGGUGUAAAAAUUAAAUUAUAUCUCUACUAAUAAAAAUAUUAUAUUUUAUGAGGUUUAUUAAGGAUUAUUAGAAAUCAAGGAUACAAAUUUUAAAAACCACGUGCCCAGGGCUGAUUAGCCAAUUCAGAAUACCUGCGCUUAGCUUACUUACUACAUCAUUGCAAUGGAAUAGAAGAGAGAGAGGUAGACAUUACUGCCAAUUAAAUACCAAUUGUGAUCUCACCAACCUGGGGACUCAGGUGAGAUUAGGGAAUUCUGGGAAAUACCAAGAACUUUUGGGGAUUGAAGUCUAGGGUUCACAAAAAAUUUUUUUUACAUUUUUUUACUUUUUUUUUUUACCAUUUUUACUGACCCCCCUGAGGCCCAAGGAAGACUAGUCUCUCCGAUGGGUCUUGUAAACAUACUAGCUAUGAAAUUACAAUAAUUUGGGGAUAAAAGGAAAAGAGAACAAAAUCAAUGAUUUCUAGACACACUGACAAAAAGCCAAUUGGCAUAAAAGUAUACAUACAAAAAAAGCAAAUGCAUUCAACCCCCACACAGUUCAAAUCACCACAUCUGGAUCUUCUGGUACAGCGUGUUGUCUGUGGAGGCAUCUUCAACAACCACAUGCCCAUGGCUGAUUAGCCAAUUCAAUCAUCCUCUACAGAAAACUACAUAUUAAGGACCAAAUUGUGUGGUAAUGAAUUAUUAAAAGGAUAGCCUGAUAACCGAAAGAACUGCUAGUGAUAUUAUGAGAUAAGGAAAGUUAGGAAUGAUAGCUAUUAAAAAGAUAGCUUGUAAGGGGUAGCUGGGUGGCUCAGUGGAUUGAGAGCCAGGCCUAGAGACAGGAAGUCCUGGGUUCAAAUUUGGCCUUAGACACUUCCCAGCUGUGUGACCCUGGGCAAGUCACUUGACCCCCAUUGCCUAGCCUUACCACUCUUCUGCCUUGGAGCCAAUACACAACAAUGACUCCAAGACAGAAGGUGAGGGUUUUUAAAAAAAUAAACACAACUCAGACACUUCCCAGCUGUGUGACCCUGGGCAAGUCACUUGACCCCCAUUGCCUAACCCUUACCACUCUUCUGCCUUACCUCCAUCUUGGAGUCAAUACUGUAUUGACUCCAAGACAGAAGGAAAGAGUUAAAAAAAAAAAGAUAGCUUGUAACAGAGAAGAUCAGAAUGGAAGUCAGUUUGUAUUAUGGUAUUUUACAUGGUAAUUUGAUUUGCCAGACCUGAAUGAGAUACAAGCACCAUAAGGGCAGAGAUAAUGUAUGUUUUAAAUUGUGUGUCUUUUCCCAUUGCCUAGGGCAAUGCUUUUCACCUAGGAAGAACCUAAUAAAUAUCUGAAUUGAAAUAUAAAUAGAAAAAUAAAGAUAUCAUAUGGAACUAAUAAGUCUAUGGACUAUGGAACUAAUCUCAUUAAAUAGCUAUGAGUGAGCUGUAAACUAUACAGUUAGUUCUUUAUUUUCCCUUUUACUUGUCUUUUUGUUUGAUUUGUCCAGAUUUAAGAAAGGAACAUUAAAGUGUCCUAUUAUUAUUGCUAUUUUCUCACCUUUUUGCAAUUCAGUUAACUUUUCAUUUAUGAAUUUAGAUGCUAUGCUACUUGUUGCAGAUAACUUCAUAUUGACAUCGUCUAAUUGUUCAUGAUUCCUUUAAGUAUUUGUUUCCUACUUUAUUCCUUUUGAUAUUUUAACUUUCUAUUUUUGGUUUGUCCAAUGGCAUGAUCAUGGACAGGAAGUGGUUCAGUGGCUAGAGCUCUGUGCCUAGAGUAAGAAAGACCUAAGUUCAAAUCUGGAUUCAGACACAUACUAGCUGUGUGACCCUCGGCAAGUAACUUAACCCUGUUUGCCUCAAUUUCCUCAUUUGUAAAAUGAGCUGGAGAAGGAAACAGCUAACCACUGCAAUAUCUUUGCCAAGAAAACCCCAAGUGGGAUCAUGAAGAGCAGACAGGAUUGAAACAACUAAACAAUAACAAUGGCAUGAUUCCUGCUUUUUUUAGUCUUCAUAGGAUGUACAAUAAGUUUUGUUUUGGUUUCUCAUUUUUAUUUUUGAAGUCUUUAUUUUGUACAUAUGUUUGCUGCAUAUAUAAGAUUGUUUGAGAUUGUUUAAUUUUGUUUUUUUAUCCAUUUUCUCACUGUGGGAAAUUUUCUUGCAUUGAUUGACUCUAGACCUGUAUAGCUGAGAAAACGGACCUAUUGCUUUGAGACCAAAUUGAAUGCUUAACUAAGAACCUGGGUUAUGCUAAGCAGAAGCCCAGUCAGAUUUGAAGAUUAAUGCAGGAACAUUUUUCCUGUUAUACUUCUCAAGUAACCCAGGUGUCUUACCUGGAGUGCCUUCUUGCUGGCCAGUCAGCUGCUGUUUCCUCAGGCCUUUGAGGGAAUGCCAUUAAAUGUUUAUUGACACAUUAUGUAUUGUAUAUCUGACUUCAACCCUCCUCCAGUAAGGAAACUUUCCCUGGGGAGGGCUUGAUGCUCUCAUCUUUGUAUUCCUAAGCAACCAUCAGUUUUGCAAAUAGCUGGUGUUUUAUCAAGGUUUGCUUAAUUUGAUCCAAGGGAUAGUGCUGGAGCCUGGGAACUGGAACUGCUUGUACUGAAUCCAUAUCUUUGUUUACAGCUCCUCUGUUUCUCAGUCAACCCUUCAUUAAUAAAGAAAUCAUCCAUUCUUUUUCUUACUUCACAACAUGUGAGAAUUCCUUAUUCCAUCUCCAAGAUAUUAUCUUUGUCUAUUAGUGAGGGACCAUCUCUGUCCAUUUCCCACCAUUUCACCUCUGCUUGCUCUCUCUGUACAUUUCUCUUCUGCAGGGCUCUGUUUCACCUCUGCACCCUCUCUUGCCUAUUUCACCCCUCAGCCAUUUUUGUCCAUUUCUCCUCUGCAGAGCUCUGUCCAUUUUACUUUUAUAGUCUCUCUUGUCUAUUUCACAUCUUGCCUAUUUCACCUCUUCAUUCUCCCUUGUCCAUUUCACCUUUGCAGGGCUUUGUCCAUUUCACCUCUUCUCCAUCCCUCCAGUCCUCUACUCUGACACUGCCCCUAUCCUAGUGCCCUUUCCCCUCACACUUGGACAGAGGACUGCAGUAGCUGCAGGGGUCUGCCUUCCCCAAGUCUCUCCCUCCUCCAAUUCAUCCUUCUUCAGUGAUUUUCCUAAAGGAGGAGUCUCAUCAUGUCACCCCCUGCUCAUUGGUUCCCUUUCACUUCCAGGAUCAGGAUUGACCCACCCGGGCUUCUCACAUGGGACUCCCCACCUGGCCUUUCUCAGGCCAGUAACUGGCGUUGGGCUGUUCAACAAGACCCUCCUCUCUCAGCCCUGAGCACGCUUUCCCCCGCUGCUCUGGCUCGUGCUCCCCUUGGCCCUCCCCGCUCUUCUUCAGGAGGCCCUUCCUGGCUCCUUCCCUGCUGGCACCUCUCCUCUGCUGAUCAUACCCACCCACAUCUUGUUUGUGCCCAGUUGUUUGCUUGACUGUUUCCCUAUCAGGUGAGCUUCUUGAGGGCGGGACCUUCAAGCCUCUUUGUAUCCCCAGCUCUGGCAUGGUGCCAGGCACACCGCAAUCACAUCAUAAGUGCUGGCCGAGAGACUGAAUUUCUGAGUUCUCCAGCGGGAAGAUGACAUCUAGCCAGUGGAGGCAGGAGGCACAGAUGACAGAAAAGAACCUCGCUGCGUCCCUGUUCUUUAUGUUCGGGGCCCAGAGCGGCUGGCUUCCCCCUGCAGGAGGGCUUCAUGAUGCAAGCCUCAGCUCCGGCCCCUGCCCAGCUCCCCUGUGUGGUCCCAGGAAAAUUCAGUCAGACACAGCCCCAAACAAGGCCCACAAAGAGGAAGUUUUCCUACCCCUUGGGACUCCCACCACCUGAAGGACCCCAGUCUGGCCCCAGCAAAGAGCCUAGAGCCAGAGGGAAUGGCCCAUGGGACCCCGAGGCCCCCCUCCCAGGGAUCAAUAACACUCAAGGAUGUGACUGUAGAUUUCACCCAGGAGGAGUGGAGCCUGUUGGACCAUUCUCAGAAAGAGCUGUACCUGGAGGUCAUGCUGGAGAAUAUGCAGAAUUUACUCUCUGUGGGGCUUCCAGUUCCUAGAGAAAAUUUUAUCUCCUGUUUCCAGCAAGGGGAAGCAUCCUGGCUGCUAGAGCAAGAAGACCCAAGGAGCUCCUGUCCAGAGGCAGAGACUUAUUUUGAAGUGAAGGAGAUGUCUACACAGCUAAACCUUUUUGUGGAAGGAUGUGACCCCCAACGAUUCAUAACUGAGGGUCCUUGUAACUACUCUUUGAGAGAAAUCUGUGGCUCUAAUAUGAAGGUAAAUAAAAAUCCAAAGAAUGACUUUGAAUUUAAUGAGACUGCAGAGAAAUUCAGCCAAUAUUCAGUCCUAAAUCAUUAUACAAAAUUGACCUCAGGAAAUGAGUGUUGUCAGGAUAGUAAAUACAGCAAAUACUUUCCUAAAAAUAUAGGACUUAUUCAGUCCCCUAAGGAACCUCCUGAAAUGCCCAUGUAUCAAGGUAACCUAGGGAGAAUACCCUUUGGCUUGCAUUUAGAUCUCAUCAGACAUCAAAAAAGUAAACGUGUAAAGAUGGUUUCUGUGAGUAAUAAAGGUAGGAAACCUUCCAGUCAUAACUGUGAACUUGUUGUACAUCAAGUAAACCACUGUGGAAAGAAACCUUAUGAAUGUAAGCAAUGUGGAAAGACUUUUAUACAGAAAGGCCAUCUUGCAAGACAUCAGAGAAUCCACACUGGAGAGAAACCUUAUGAAUGUAAAUACUGUGGAAAGGCUUUCACUCAGAAAUGCAAUCUUGCCAGACAUCAGAGAAUCCACACUGGAGAGAAGCCAUAUGAAUGUAAACAGUGUGGAAAGGCUUUCGCAGAUAGGAGCAAUCUUGAAGCGCAUAAGAGAAUCCACACUGGAGAGAAGCCUUACAAAUGUAAACAGUGUGGAAAGGCUUUCACAGAGAGAAGUGCUUUGGCUAAACAUCAGAGAAUCCACACUGGAGAGAAACCUUAUGAAUGUAAACAAUGUAGAAAGACUUUCACACGUAGUCUCGGUCUUGCCAGACACAAGACUGUCCACAGUGGAGAGAAACCUUAUGAAUGUAAACAAUGUGGAAAGACUUUCACAAGGAAGAGCACUCUUUCUGUACAUCAGAGAAACCACACUGGAGAGAAGCCUUAUGAAUGUAAACAGUGUGGAAAGGCUUUCACAAAUAGGUACCAUCUUGCUACACAUCAGAGAAUGCACACUGGAGAUAAACCUUAUGAAUGUAAACAAUGUGGAAAGGCUUUAAAUGGGAAGGGCAAUCUUGUUGCACAUCAGAGAAUCCACACUGGAGAGAAGCCUUAUGAAUGUAAACAAUGUGGAAAGGCUUUCACAGAGAGGGGCCAUCUUACUGUACAUCAGAGAAUCCACACUGGAGAGAAACCCUAUAAAUGUAAACACUGUGGAAAGACUUUCAUGCGGAAGGGUGAUCUUGUUGCACACCAGAGAAUUCACACAGGAGAGAAACCCUAUAAAUGUAAACUCUGUGGAAAGGCUUUCACACAGAGAAGCAAUCUUGACACACAUAAGAAGAUCCACCCUGGAGAGAAACCUUUUCGUGUGGAGUGAAAAGUUAGUGUGUUAUUCUCAAGGUAAUAAUUAUUAAUAACUACGUUAGUAAAGCUGGUCUCCCUUCCUUCCCUGUCUACCCUAUCAAACUCCUUCAAGAGAAGAUUACCUCGCCCUCCACUCUUCUUCCUGUAGGACAAAAACCUUACAACCUUUAAAUGUUUUGGCAGUUCUUAGACCCUGAAGCACCACAUGAUCAAUUCAUAAAUACCCUUUUGUCUUAAAAGUUCUUCCCAUUGAAUCAAAGGUUCCUCCAGGUAUUCAAGCCCAAAGGCUGGAAUGAUACUGUGUACCCAUUGUAAAAACUCAGUCCAUCCCUGAUAAUCCAGUUCCCCAGAGCUCCCCUCUUUUUAUCUGUCUCCAGCUUCCUGAUUAUUUCUUUAAAAUGUUAAAUUUCCUUAAAUGUAUCCAUUGUAAAGCUAUUUCAUAUCCUUGUCCUUUAUUUCCGGAUUUCAACCAUUGUAAAAAUGCUAUCAUCCCUUCAGAGAGGCUUUAUCAUAUCACCAUUCUCCUAUAAAUAAGGGAUUUUUCUGCAAAUUUUGGGUGUAUUUGUCUUAGGUCAAUGCCUUGAGUUAGUGUUCCACAUUUUCUCUCUCAAUAAAGCAUUGCAUUGAUGGUUUCCCCAACCUCUUUUUAAUAAUAAAGGGGUUAUACUUUGACAUUUUCAAGAUCCCCUCCACAGAUUCUGAAUAUAAAAGAUAGGGUUUUGUAUGAAAAGUCUCUCUUGCCACACAUCAGAACAUCCACAUUGUAGAGAAACUUUAUGAAUGUCAUUAAUUUGCAUAGGCUUUCACAUAAAGCUCCACAGUUGCUUCAUGUCAGGAAAUCUUUAUUGGAGAGAGACCUCAUGACUGAGACUGAUCUUAUAGUUGGCACUCUUAGCUUUUUUGACAUAAUAGGAUCCUUACUAGAGAGAAACUUUAGGAAUGUGAUGGUGAGGCCUUCAGGCAACAAUCAUCUCUUCUUAUUCCUAAUGAGAAUUCACUUUGGACAGAAAUCUUAUUACUGUCAUGAAUGAAGAAAGACAUUGAAAUGUAGAGUUCAGAGCUUGUUCAGUAGGAGAAAGUAUCUUUAGACCUGACCAGUUCCAGAUGGAUUCCAUAUAGGAAGGCCUUUAGCCAGAGAUCAUAUUUCUUAGUUGAUAUCAGAGGGUUCAUAGUGCAGAAAAACCUAAUGAAUGUGCUCAAGUUGUAUGUGUUUUCCUCAGGAGGAGAAUGAUGACUAUUAUUUGGAGAAAUGUAAAUUAUGAGAAGUCUGAGGGACCACCCCGUAUCUAUUAGAUUGGCUAUUAUGACAGAAAAGGAAAGUGACCCAAGUUGGAGGAGAUGUGGGAAAACUGAUACUAGUGAACCAUUGGAGGACUAGUGAACUGAUUCGACCCUUUUGGAGAGCAGUUUGGAAAUAUGUUAAAAGGACAUUAAUAAACAAAAAGGGAGAGGCCCUAUAUGUGGGUUUUUUCUUUUUAAAGAAACAGCUGAUCUUUUUGUGGUAACAAAAGAAUUGGAAAGUAAGAGGCUGUGGGGGUGUUCCUAAUGAACUUCCCUGACCAGCAGGGUCCCACAAGGGAAGGGGCUCCCCUUUGUGAUGGGACCCGAGGAGAGAUAGGAACCGAGAACCAGGGUGGAGAAUGAAAGACACGGACAAGUCAGUGUUUGAAUAGGCAGGCAGACCUCUGAUACUCCCCUUGAUAGGAAAGUAUGAGUACAAAGGAACACUAGGUGGAGGAGGAGAUUAAGGUAGGGAAUGCAGGCCUAGAUAGGUUACAGCCUCAGGGAAGGAGAAGGUCUAGAGAGGGAGAGAGACGGAGACAUUGCUAGAGAAGAUUGAAGAUCCAAGAGAGAUUCAAGGUCGGGUCUCUGUAUUUAUUGCCUUCCUCUGAUUAGGGAAGUCUUCUCAAGCACGUAGUAACCACGUUACACAGCAUGGACAAAGAGGAUUAGAUAGUGGGGUGAGAGUAACACCUUUUUGGCCAUGUAGAUUACAAACCGAGCUUUCUCAGGGAAUUGACUCCGAGCAUGUUAAUGAGUUUGCCUUAGGCAACAGGCCAGAUGGCCAUUUCGACACAGUCGCCAUACAGUCAUUUAUGAUUCAUAGAUGUGAAUAUGCUUGGGAUGCUACAGAGGCAGCUCAUCAAUUGGUAAAUGGCUGAGGAAAUGGUGGCACGUGAUUGUCAUGGAAUACAAUUGUUUUAUAACUAAUGAGGACAAGGAGGAGCUCAGAAACACCUGGAAAGUCCUUUGAGAGCAACACCAGGAGAAUAUUGCACAUUGGGACCGCAAUAUUAUAUGCAAAACAAUUAUGAAUUGAGUUAUUCUCAACAAUACAAUAAUCCAAAAUAACCCCAAAGGCCUCAUAAUAAAAAAUUUCAUCUUUUUCCAAAGAACUCAUGAAGUAGUCUGAGUAAGUGAAAUAGGUUAGAGAAUAAAAUAGAAUUGAAGUAGAUAAAGCAGAUUCAUCCAUUCCUGCAUUUUUUAGGAAACUGACCCAGUUUCCCCAGGAGGUCAAGCAGCUUAUAUAGGUGGGAGGCUAGAAUCCAAGUAACCUAGGGCUGAGAAAGGAAGGUCAGGAAACAAAGGAACAUCAGAACAAACAAAGAGGUCAGGAUGGAAUGAAAAGAUAAGUGAUUAGGUACAUAUGAAAGUCAAUAACCCCUGAGUGACCUGAGUGUUGCCCACUUGCUGACCCCACACACUUGGGUUUAUGAUAAGGCUUGCUUUGACAAAUAAGAAACCUUAUGUGAAAGGAAAUAACCUUUUAUCUUGUAACCUAUAUAAACUGUAGCUUCAGUUCAGGGUAGCUUCCACUAGGGAAGUCUGUCCCAGCUGAUAGAUUCUUUCUUUAUUUUUUUAAAAGAUUCUUUAUUAAUAAAUAAUGGUUCUAAUAAU